GGAGUCGUCGUAAAAGAGAGUUUGAGGGAAUGAUCCCGCUGCUGCUCACUGAGGGGAUCCACGGUGGCUUCCUGACGCUUUAAGGAAGUCCGACAGUUAGCCUUCUUCCCAAAGACUGACUUCUCUGUGCGGUAGACGGAUUCGUGAUGUCUGGCGAUCACACGGAAGCACCGGAGGCUAUGAACGUAUACUCCGUAACCCUCAGCGGCCCUGCGCCCUGGGGCUUCAGGCUGCAGGGAGGCAAGGACUUCAGCAUGCCCCUCACCGUGUCAAGACUGACUCCGGGGGGCAAGGCUGCUCAGGCUGGUGUUGGUGUGGGAGACUGGGUGGUGUCCAUCGCUGACUCCAAUGCAGAGGACAUGACUCAUGUUGAGGCACAAAACAAGAUUAGAGCAGAGGCAGACUCCCUCAAACUCACCCUCAGCAAAACUUACAAAGCAGGUGGAGACCAGAAGGACUCACUUGCUGCGGCUUCUUUUCAGCCAAAGUACUCCUUUGCCCCCAGCACAACCAUUAACAAGAUGGCGAGGCCAUUUACAGCAGGUGGUGUUAGUGCCAACACAGGACCUGCUAUUAAACCUGUUGCCUACUCGCCCAAACUUAACACUCCGCACUCACAGGGCCGUGACAGUGUGCAGCAGCCGCACAAUGGCCUUGAGCCAGCACCUUCACCUGCCAGGGCCCAGGCAGCAGAUAAACCAGAUGGCUCACAGACUGCAGCUGCAGCAGCAGGCAGCUCGGGUCCCUCCUGUCGACCACCAUGGGUCACCGACCCUGGAUUUGCUGACCGCUUCCGCCCAGACAAGACCAGCACUGUUGUAACCCAGCAUCAGCAGCUUGCCCAGCCAACACCCAUGGAGAACCGCAGCUCCAUUCUGCAGGCAGCGCAGCAGGCACCCGAAGACAGCGGCAGGACCCCAGUGUGUGCCGCCUGCAACAAAAUCAUCAGGGGUCGGUUCCUGGUCGCGCUGGGACGUUCUUGGCACCCGGAGGAGUUUACGUGUUCACAGUGCAAGGCCGUCCUGGACGAGGGGGGCUUCUUCGAGGAGAGAGGGUCGGUCUACUGUACCAAGUGCCACGACAAUCGAUACGCUCCUAACUGUGCCAAGUGCAAAAAGAAGAUCACAGGGGAAAUCAUGCAUGCCCUGAAGAUGACCUACCACGUCCAGUGUUUCAUGUGUGCAGCCUGCAAGACUCCCAUCAGGAACCAAGCUUUUUACAUGGAGGAGGGCGAGCCCUACUGCGAGAGAGACUAUGAGAAGAUGUUUGGCACCAAAUGUCAUGGCUGUGACUUUAAGAUUGAUGCCGGGGAUCGGUUUCUGGAGGCCUUGGGCUACAGCUGGCAUGAUACGUGCUUCGUCUGUGCUCUCUGCCAAAUCAACCUGGAGGGUAAGACGUUCUACUCGAAGAAGGAUAAGCCCCUGUGCAAAGGCCAUGCCUUUGCUCCAGUGUGAGAGCUCAAGCUUCAUCUUCAGAGGAACUUCUCUCCCCUCUCCCAGCUCUUUAAACCCUCUCCAGCCUGCGGCACACUCAUACUUUGCUCUACAUCUCCUCUUUACCAACAACUUAUUAAACUUGGUCUUCUACUGGACUUAGUUUCCUCAUAUGUGGCUUUUUGCUCGCUUCACAUACUGUUACAUUAGUGUGCUGUUCAGGUGUUACUGCCUGGGAUACCAAAUACUGAGUUGUGUACCUGGAAGUAUUUGAGGAAUCAUUUCCAUAUCAUGUUGCCAACUUGGGGACUUUGUAAAGACUGGACAUUGGCGCUGCAAUUCAUCUACAUAUGAUGAUACGGAAACAUUGUCGCAAGUCUUGUAAACUCAUCAUCGUUUAGUCCGAAGUUUGGUCCGUAUCUUCCUAGUUGGAGGAGUCAGUGAGCCUCUAAUGAUGCCACAUGUUGCAGUAAUGGUCCAUCACUACCCCAGUGUAGAAAAGUGAUGGCCCCAGCCCACUCACUGACUCACCACAGUGUCUUUUAUCAUCAUGUGGGUCUAGUCGAGCAGAGAAGGUGGUGUCCCAUUUCUGCUGGACUGGACCGCUUCACAAAAGCCCCCGUUGCUUAACUCGUCACGACAAAUCAGGGCCAAUACUGCAGGUAAUAAAUGUCUGAUAAUCCUUGAUUUUAAUGGGCACACGUGUCGGUGAUGGAGGGAGGUCUGGGAUUGUUUCCUAACGUCUCACCCACUCCUGAGUGGAGCAGAUUUGUCAGAGCUUUCAAACGGUUAUCUUUUUUUUCCACACAUAAUAUAUAGACAAUAUAAGUCUUGACAGUGUUUGUGUCCCUCAUGUUACUAUGAUAUUGUGAUUAUUCCUUAGAGAGCUUUCAUGCCAUUGUUAAAUAUGUGUUUAUAUUGCUUCAGAGUGGGCCUGUUAAGUGUUGUUUUGUAGUUACAGGACGUUUCAAAUAAAAAUGGUCAAAUAGUCCCAUGUACUGGGCCAGAACA